GUGAUUAUCUUUUGAGACCCUCACACCAACUUAUCUGGAUUUAGUUCAGUCGCCCUCUGUAUAAUCAUGUCCAAAGAUGUGCUAAGCCCUUUCAGAUGAUGGUUGGAGAAGGCCGUGAUCUCUACCCGAACAUCAACAAGGAUUGGUAUCUUGACCUUAUCAAGACAAAGCUCUAUAGACAGGAUCACAAAUCAGCAAUCAGCAUGCGACAACCAAAGGCAAAUGGAUUUAACAAAUUAUCUCCCCCAAUCACUCAUAGUAAGCCCAAUAACUCCGGUUUUUACAGCUAUAUCAAGGCCUGGUAUGUUUUCGAUCCUGUACCACACCUACUACCACCACCACCACAAGAUGACUGCAAGAUACGCCAAGGAUCAGCCUGCGGGCUUCACCAAUCGCAUUGAAAAAGUGGCUAUUGUCGGGGCCGGUGGCCAAGUUAGAAUUCACUUGGCCCGAGAGAUCCUCAGAAAUGGCAAACACACCUUGACCGCGAUCCAACGCGCCGAAAGCAACAGCACACUCCCAGAAAUCGAAGCCCUACGCGGCCAACCGGUCCUUCUAAUCACAAUAGCAGUGGCCGCUCAAAUGGUCGCCAUCCCGAAACUUGUUCGCGCAGCCGCUAAAGCUGGUUUCGGCCACGACGCCACCAACGACAAGUUAUGUGAGGAAAGCAUGCUAAAGGCCAGUCGCGACAGGAUCGCCCAAGAGAUUGAAAGUCUGAGCGUCAGUUCGCGCCUGCUGCUCGUGUGUAACUUUUUGUACGAAUUCAGUCUAGGCGGUGGUGCGGAUCGGUUUGGAUUCGAUUUCCAGAAACGAUCGCUCACUUGGUUCGACGAUGGCGAUGUGUCGCUUUGCGUUAGUACCUGGCCACAGUGUGGUCGGGCCAUUGGCGGUCUGCUCAGUCUGAAGGAACUCCCCAAGGAUGAAUCGGACAAGUCGCUCAGUCUGUCUCAAUUCCGGAAUAUUCCUGUGUACAUUUCCUCUUUCCGAGUCACUCAGCGAGACAUGUUUGAGAGUGUCAAGCGAGUGACUGGAACGACGGAUGCCGAUUGGGCCAUCACCCACGAGUCGGCCGAGCAGCGUUGGAAGGAGGGCUUUGAGGCCGUGGAGCAGGACAAUUUCAGGGCAUUUCCGAAGAUGGUGUACAGUCGGAUGUUUCUCCCAUCUGCUGAUGGUGAUUAUCAGUCUCGUCGGCCGCUAGAUAAUGAUAUUUCUGGGUUGCCUGUUGAGGUUUUGGAUGAUGCUACGGCUGUUGCGGUGAAGAUGGGAGAGAAUGGUGAAGUGGCUCAAUCGCAUUAGUCACUGUCGUCUCCAAAUUCGAGAUGUUUGACCUGACUGUUAUUCCUGUUGCGAUGUGUUGAACUUGAUACAUCGUAGUAGGAAAGUCAUUUAAAGUGAUGUAGCCGCAUCUCCGCACAUACUGACUACCUCUAAGCACUCGAUAUUUGAAUAGCUGUUGAUCCAGCUGGUCUAUUCUAUAACCUCUGUAACCCCUAGACAAAACUAAACAGGAGUAUCCCCUUCUUCCUAGCAUAGGGAUGGUUCAGUCUUGCGAGGUCGGUGUUCCGAAGUGUACAGAGCAUACCCUGGGUAUGUAUCAAGGCUAUUAAUAUUUCAAUUCAUUAGAUGAUCCACGAUCUUAGCCACAGAAACAGCCUUUUCCUCUCCAAAUCUUCCUCCAACAAUCUGCAAACAAACCGGCAUAUCCUUGACCAACUCGAUAUCAUCUUAUCCAUUAGCCUCUUCAUCGCAAAAUAGACAAACAUGAAG